AUGACCCUGUUACCGGGAGACAACUCAGACUAUGACUACAGUGCCCUGAGCUGUGCCUCGGACACCUCCUUCCACCCAGCCUUUUUCCCACAGCGCCAGGCCAUCAAGGGUGUCUUCUACCGCAGGGCCCAGCGGUUGCGACCGCAGGACGACCUGCACCAGGGCAGCUCACUUGGGGACCGCAGGCGACAGAUCAUCAUCAACGUGGGUGGCAUCAAGUAUUCUCUACCAUGGACCACGCUGGACGAGUUCCCACUGACGCGGCUGGGCCAGCUCAAAGCCUGCACCAACUUCGACGACAUCCUGAGUGUGUGUGACGACUACGAUGUGACCUGCAACGAGUUCUUCUUUGACCGAAACCCCGGAGCCUUCGGCACCAUCCUCACCUUCCUGCGGGCCGGCAAGCUGCGGCUGCUGCGGGAGAUGUGUGCCCUGUCCUUCCAGGAGGAGCUGCUCUACUGGGGCAUCGCCGAGGACCACCUGGAUGGCUGCUGCAAGCGCCGGUACCUGCAGAAAAUUGAGGAGUUUGCGGAGAUGGUGGAGAGGGAGGGUGAGGAGGAGCUGCUGGACAGCGAGGACCAAGACACUGAGGGUCCAUCCGCCAGUGAGGGCCGCCUGGGCCGCUGUAUGAGGAAGCUGCGGGACAUGGUGGAGAGGCCACAUUCAGGGCUGCCCGGCAAAGUGUUCGCCUGCCUGUCCGUUCUAUUUGUCACUGUCACGGCUGUCAACCUGUCUGUCAGCACCCUGCCCAGCCUGCGGGAAGAAGAAGAACAGGGCCAGUGUUCCCAGAUGUGUCACAAUGUCUUCAUCGUGGAAUCAGUGUGCGUUGGCUGGUUCUCCCUUGAGUUCCUGCUGCGGUUCAUCCAGGCACCCAGCAAGUUCGCCUUCCUACGGAGUCCACUGACCCUCAUCGACCUGGUGGCCAUUCUACCGUACUAUGUCACGCUGCUGGUGGAUGGCGCUGCCUCCAGCCGCCGCAAGCCAAGCACCGGAAACAGCUACCUAGACAAGGUCGGGCUGGUGCUGCGCGUGCUGCGGGCACUGCGCAUCCUCUAUGUGAUGCGCCUGGCUCGACACUCACUGGGACUGCAGACCCUGGGGCUCACAGCCCGCCGCUGCACACGUGAGUUCGGGCUUCUGCUGCUUUUCCUGUGCGUGGCCAUUGCCCUCUUUGCCCCGCUGCUCUACGUCAUCGAGAACGAGAUGGCAGACAGCCCGGAAUUCACCAGCAUCCCUGCCUGCUACUGGUGGGCUGUCAUCACCAUGACAACCGUGGGGUACGGAGACAUGGUACCCAGGAGCACACCUGGCCAGGUGGUGGCUCUGAGCAGCAUCCUCAGCGGGAUCCUGCUCAUGGCUUUCCCUGUCACCUCCAUCUUCCAUACCUUCUCCCGCUCUUACCUGGAGCUCAAGCAGGAACAAGAGCGGGUGCUGAUCCGCAGGGCCCAGUACCUCAUCAAAACCAAGUCGCAGCUCAGUGGCAUGUCCCAGGACAGUGACAUCUUGUUUGGAAGUGCCUCUUCAGACACCAGGGAUAACAACUGA